AUGGAUGACAUGUCGGACGCUGGACAAGAAGAAGAAGAAGAAGCAGCAGCAGCAGCCGCAGCAGGUCAGCAGCAGCAGCAGGUCAGCAGCAGCAAGCAGGUCAGCAGCAGCAGCAGCAGAUCAGCAGCAGCAAGCACCGGUGAGUGGGACGGACGCGUCUAG